GGACCCUUGAACGAAGAUGAUGGCGCAAACGGAUGUGCAAGAUGCAAGUCCCGUGGUGCGAGUGAAUGACCUUCCACCUCCACGGUGUUGCUUGGCGAGAGAUCUAGAUAGCAAAGCAGUGGCACAAUAUCGAAUUACUUACUGCUGAUCUAAAGUCCCCCAGUAUAAACGCCUUCUUAGUCCACGUAGCGCAGAUUUGGCUUGAUGAUAAGGUAGUAAUAAGGCAGAAAGAAAAUUUGAUAAGCCAACAAUCGACAUUGACGUCUCCAGUCAUAAAGCCUGCACCCUUGGGCGCUCGAUCGAGCAACUUGCUUCAAGCCAUCACAACGCGUCCACAACGCGAGUUCGGCUCUGAGAGAUGCCAGUCGCGUCGACUCCUGCAGGUCAGCCGACGGCGACUCUACCCUCAGUCCUACCAUCCGUACCCGCUCUACAAGACGUUGUAACGAAUCCUAUCACUCAUCUUACAGUAUCUUCCACCCCAGAGCAAAUCCAAGGAGGCCAUGGCAAAGCUACCAACCCAGCUGAGACACCCAUCUUUAUAUGCGCAAUGCAGGACUGUAAUCGGCUCUUCCCCUCACGGGACCGUCUAAUGGCUCACCGCAAAGUCGUUCACGAGUCCGAAGACGAUAGCAAUAUACUCACUUGGAAUGCAUAUGCUAAGAGUGGUAAGAGUCGAAAUUCUUCGACCCCGCCAAGGACUCCGAGGGCAGUCGAAGCUGGUUGGGCUAGUGCAGCCGACAUGUUCACUGUUUGUCCACUUACGAUGGGCAACAUAGAUUGUUGCUACGAGCCGUCCAGCGACCGGAGACAUUUGGUGUACGGUGCGACGAGAAGGUCUUUAAUAGAGCACUUGGGGUUGCACCCGCUAUGAAGAAUGUGAAGUGUUCGUCGACAAUAUUAACGAUUAUAUACACAUUAUACAUGAUAGCUAUGUACUACAAGGGUAUAGCAAUGCCAGAAUUAUUAAUGAAUCAUCUAAGACAGGACAUCUCUCAUAGUCAAUGUGGACAAACUUCGGACAUCAUCAUGAUGACGACGAGGACUGUCCGGCAUUCCCAUCAUGCUCCCCAC